AUGAGUGAUUCAUCAACACCUACUCAACCUCAAAGGAGUAAAAGGAGAUCAUUGGCUACAAUUGAAUCAAGUGUAACUAGACUUUUGGUAUCCACAAAACAUUUAUUAGAAAGUUUAACACAAUGGGCCAGGCGUGAAUCUGAUGAUAAAUUUGUUAGUGACGCUUAUGUUAGAUUGGGAAAUGAUUUUAGAGCAGCAACAAGAGCUUUUACAAAUAACGGAAUAGAUGUUUCAGAUAUUGGAAAUGUACCACAAGCAUUAAGAGUAAUUUUAGAAUCUGCAUUAAGUGAAGAACCAUCACAAGAGAAUUUAGAUCGAUUUUUACCAAAUAUUCGUAAUAUAAUUGUAUCAUUAUUGCAAAAUUUGAAAGCAAAACAAGCAAGAGCAAAAGCAAAUGUACACGAUCAAGCAAGAGAAAUUGAACAACAAAAUCAUGUAAAUCCAAGAAUUGAAAUACAACGAUAUCCUUCAAACGAUUCACAAGCUCCAUCACAAAAUAGCCCCUGGGAAACUUCAACAAGAAAUGAUGCAUUAUCACAAUUGCAAAACAGUGAUGCAUUACAACGAAGAGCAUCAAAAAGAUUUAGUGCAUAUCAAUAUUCCAAGUUGGUUAAUGGUAAUAAUCAUCCACAAAUAAGUGCAGAUGCAAAUAAUGUAAGAACUACAGUUUUAGAAGCAAAUAAUCAUGAACAUAGAAGAGUACCAUCGACGAAUAAUUCAGAUAUACAAGAAGAGCCUAGUUCUUAUGUAUUUUUGAAAAUUGAUAAUAAAACUAAAAAGGCAAAUAUUGAAUUCCCGGUUACUUUUGCAUCUAUUAGAUUAUUAUUUGUUGAUAAAUUUGCAUAUUCUCCUGGAUUAGGAAAUUUUCCAGAAAUUUAUAUCCAAGAUCCAAUAACUGGUGUAACUUAUGAACUAGAAGAGCACUUAUUAGAUGAAAUUAAAACUGGUACUUUACUAUGUUUGAAUGAACAAAUACUUCAAGAAACAGAUUCAAAGGCUAUUUCUGAUAUCGAUGGUAAGAUUAAUGAGUUUUCCAAAAGAAUUGACAGUUUUAGUCACUCCAUAAUUGAAGAAGUUAAAAGAACAGUUUCAUCUGAAGUCAAGGCAACCAUUUCUCAAAUUGAAUUAUCAUCAAAUGCAUCAAAUGAAGAUACUAAAAAGUCAAUAGAUUCAAAUGAACAAAUUUCAAAAGUCAAAAAUGAAUUAAAUAAACUUCGAAAUGAAUUAAAAUCAAUCAAAUAUACUAAAGAUGAAGGUUUAAACACACUACAAAAAAUAAAUGAAACUAUAUUAGAGAAAGAAAAACAACUACAAGAAGCAGCCUUAGAAGUUUCACAAGAUUUAAAUCGUGCAUAUAUGGAAUCAUGUCAUUCCAAACUUUCUGAAGAAUCUGAUCAAUUAUUAACCAUGGUUGAUGAUUUACAAGAUGUAAUGGAAGAUAUGAGAAAAGAUGUAGUUCAAAGAGGUGUACGAGUAGAGGAGAAACGUUUAAGAUUAAUGUUUAAAGAUGUUGAAGAAGCUAAAAAAUCAUUAAAUGAAAUGUCAAAUUAUAUCAAAAAUGAAAAACCGACAUGGAAGAAAAUAUGGGAAGCUGAAUUAGAUAAAGUUUGUGAAGAACAACAAUUUUUCAAUUUACAAGGUGAGUUGACUGCUGAUCUAGAUGAAGAUAUUAAAAAAAUUGAAGAAACUUUUCAAUUAAUUGAACAAUUCUCAACUGAACAACUGAGAAAUAAUUCAUCAAUUAAAAAGCGUAAUAAAGUUGUUCAAAAUUUAUAUAUACCUGAACCUGGAGAAAGUUUACAUGACCUAAAAGAUGCCGUUUUAUUUGAUAUUGCUGCUUUACAACCUAAUCAUGCAAGUAGAUUAGAAGCAAUUGAAAAAGCUGAAAAGCAAAGAAGAAAAGAACGUGAAUUAUUAAAUGAAAGUAAAUUUCAAGAAGAAUUGGGUCAAUUUGUAGAUGAAGGUAAAUUGAAAAAAUCGGGUGGAAUAGCUGAAAUUGAAAAGAGUAGAAUGCAAAAAGAUAGUGAAAAUAUUAAAAAUGGAUUUGGUAGGAUAUGA